AUGGGAACUAGAAUUAGGGCUCAUAAACAAAAAACCCACCGCUUUCAUUCCUUUGUUCCAUCGUUCCCCUUUCUCUUCGUUCUCAAUGUCGAACCUUUGCAAUUGAAAUCACUUUCUGUUUCUUCGACUGUAAUGACGAAUGGAUCAUCCCUCAUCGUGGAUGUCCACUAUAAUGGUGUAUUUUCCCCCAACCCCCUUGUAUAUUUCGACCCAGACAUCGCAUCUGUACGAGAUGUCUACUUCAACGCUAUGGUAUUUUCAGAUUUCAUUACAUUCCUUGAAAAGCUCACAAAGAAGAUCAACUUCAAGGAUGUUUACUACUGUAUUCCACAUGAAAGGUUGAGUGAAGGGUUAGGAGUAAGUCAGAAUGAAGGAGAUUACAGAGAGUUCCUUGAGGUUGGUAAUGGAAGCCAAGAAAAAAGAAUUAAUGUGUACAUUGAUCAGUACAAUGAACCCAUUUUCGAUUGGAUCGAGGAGGAGAAUCCUGAUGAAUAUGAUUCGGUUGUAGAGGAUGAAGACGAAGUUGAUGAGUCUACAUUUUCAUAUGCGAUUUUACCUGACCAUGAAGAUGAUGAGGUGGUGUCAAGUAAGAAACCACUUGAUGAUUCAUUUCUUAAUGCCCUUUGUCCUAACAAGAAAUCAGAAGAUAGUUCCGACACAGAUGCAACAGACGAAGAAGUUGAUGUGAAACCAAUGUAUCCCGUCCAUGAUCCAAACCAAAAUUGGAAGAAGAUGGUUCCUAUACUAGGGAUUGUUAGAAGCUGUGAAAGAAAGGAUUCCAGAAGCUGA